UUCAUCUACAUGUAUGCCUGUGUUGGUUUCACUUCUGUUUUAAAAGCGAUCAGUUAGACUUCUGAAGGACAUUUUGAGUGGUUGAUGGCAUUGGUGACAGUCACAAAGUGAAACCAACUCACCCUACAAUGUACGCAGGAUCUGACGCCUACAUGUACUACUCUGUUUGGAUGCAGAUCAAACGCCAAUUAGCAACUGUUUAAUGACAGAGCCUAGAUCCGAGAGGCAGCUCCGAGAUGCUUUCAGUUGACCAAACAAAGGCUAAAAACAAACCAGUGCCAGGGCUUUCACUGAGUGAAAGUUGACAGUGGGAAUUAAUAUUCAGCAUUAACAGUGAUCCCGCUGGCCGAAAGCCAGGUUUUCUAAAACACCUGAGUACCAGUCACAAUUCUCUACUGAAGUGGUCCGGCUGGCUUGUUCAAUGUUGACAAGCAUCCCUGUUAAAUGUAAAUAGGAGAUAUGGACAAGUGGAAAUGCUGCGUCCGUCCAAGCCCAAGUGAAAUGACAAGCUGCUGGCUCCGUCGGUGAAAAAGUAAGCAGCAUACCUUGAUCUUACUGUACAUGUAUGUAUAACACUAUCAGAAAGGACCAGCUCAACAGAUGAACUAUAUUUGAGCGAGGAAUGCCUUUUUCGUCAGAACUACAAAUGUGACUUGCCGCAAGAAAUUGUCGUUCGUGUCACUUUAAGUGGGAAAUGUCUUCAGUGCAAUCAUUGUGCAACUUUCUUCGGGUCAACUAUUCUGCUUUCUUCAACAAGAAAACGGGACAAUUACCUAGACAGCCUAUUGAUACACACAGAAAAGAUUCUGAUCUAUCCCUACAAGAAAGCUCCCAGCAAGUUGAAGCGGACGAAACACGCCCUGUGUGUGUUUCGGAGAGAGCCAAGCGCUUUGGUGGAGAAGACAGGAGACGCAAACCUCAUCAACCCCCAGAAACACGUACACCCGACACUGGUAUAAAGUUUGGGGGCAUAAGCAGUGACAAAUGGGGUCGGUCGCUGUCCACAGAUAAUGAGGACAACAACGAGCAGGACAAAAGAGAGACAUCCAGAUUUAAGAGUGAUCAACUUCACCAGCAAGAGAGCAAGAAGAUGGGGGCAGCCUUUGGAAAGUCCCGAGCAAAGGAGGGUACAGGUUUUAAACAGACUGAUGGGAAGUUACAGAUGCGGGACGGGAGCACAUCGUCUGGACACCCAAAUCUGUUCGCAAGAUGGUUCUCGAGAAACAGAGUCAAGUCGGCGGGGCAGAGUGUCUCGCUGCCUCAGCAGUCCCAAGUUGAGGAAGACGACAAAAACUUGGCAGAAGGUUCUCGGCUUAAGGAGCUCGUCCAAGAUCCUGUUGUCCUUCCGCACUUUCAAAUGCAGAAUCCAAAUAGGGAUCAGAAGUUGGCACAAGAAGUGCCGCUCUCUAAUGCUGAGAAGCCUGGCUCGCACCCAAUUGAUGACGUAAAGAAAUCGGCAAUGCCGCUACCAGAAAAUCGUUCAUUACUGGUUAGGAAAGCACGACCGGUGACAAAGAAGCUACUGGCACCACCCACUGAGGACAUCCUAGUGCAGGAUAAACCUUUGAUGAGCGAGCAGUCUGACAAAAGCGAUUUACUGACAGAUAUUUUGUGCGUAUAUGACGCUUCCAAAGAGAGCAAAGAUCAUCCAGAGGAGUUUUCUAAAGAGAAACAUCAUCAGCAAGACUCUGGGUCUUUAUUGACUGGAGACGAUUGCCAAGAAGCUACACAACCAAAGAUGCCAUCAUUGCCGAGGCCAUUUAAAGUGGCAAAGAAAACAAAACCCGACGAGCCUUCUCAAGAUGUAUCAUCUCACCAUACUUCAGUACAGGUAGAGGCACAGGUACAUUAUGAUGAAAAUUCUCAGAGUGCCCCGAGUCGUCUUCCUUCAGACGUUCGGAAAGAACUAUUAGGAGCUGUUUCUAAAAGAAACAGUACAUGUAAGCAGUCACCACGAGUCCCUCUCAGAGUUAGGGCUAAACCUGUACCACCGCCCCGUUCGUCGACAUCCCUCCUUUCAGAGGAUCAUAAAAAUAAUGUUCACAUAUCGCCAUGUUCGAGCCCGAUUGCAAUACACCAGGGUAUAAAAUAUCAAACAGUGCUUGCAGAGCAAACAAAACCCAGUGUUGACAGUAAGCAGGGUGCCAAGAAACUGGUUCGGAUAAUGCAGGACUCUGACAAGGAAACAAAAUCGGUCUCUGAACAAUCCCAGGAGAAGACUGCUCCAGCUAGCCACGCUGGAACCCCAAAACCCCUCCCUGUCAUUCCCAGCAUCCCAAGCCUGUCUUCCCAAGCUGAUUGUAGUCCACCGCCGACCCCAAAAAUGGGAAAUGUAUUGAAGCCUUCCCCACUCACUCGCAAGAAGAAGAGAUCGGUCGAUUUGCCAGAGAACGAGAGUGUCCCCAAGACGUUGCCGAAGGCACCUCAAGGGGUGAAGCCUCCUUUACCGGAGAAACCGAUGCCUAGCCUUCUGAAGAAACAAGGGAAGAAACCUAGUAUUGUGAAGACUCCCUCUCUUGAUACGCCCGAGAAAGAAAAAGGAAUUGAAGCGUGUGACGAGAGUCAAGUUAAAGACCAUGACGGCAACUCUCCUUAUACAGACAACCCAGGGGACGACUCUGAAAUUACUCCUGAACAAGGGUCGGCAGACACCUCUUUCAUAUCAGGGGCAGACAUCGGGAAUGGUUCAUCAGCGACUCUCGAGGGAAGCGUCAUCCCACUGAGCCAAAACCCGUUGAUGCUCGUGCAAGAUGAGACACCGAUGCCUGAAAUCCAGCGACGACGUUCCAGCUUGCACGACGAUAUACUCGGCACUACCAGUAUCAGCAACGCCCGUGGGUUGUUCCAGAAGGCACUAAAGGUCUCCUCCAGUGAGCCUUUACAAACAACUGAGAAACCACCAGUUCCCACCAAGCCUAAGAUUUUACCGAAACCACUAGCCGCAGUGAACAACAGUGCCACUACGCCGAUUGUGAAAAACGGCCAGCCAAAUGUGUCCCCUAAAGUAGCGUGUCCUAAGAGACACAACGCGGCCAGAUUCAACCCUGCAAAACAAAACACACCCAUGGAGAGCAAUAAUAUCUACGACGAUGUAUACCAGGAAGCGCCCUCGCCGCCGGACACGGCCAUCCCCAAGUUAAACAGGUCCUCCAAAAAACUAGAACAGUUCUUCGGGCAAGAGGUCCCCGAAGCUGGCGAUGAUAACUCUGCGACGACUAACGUUGGAAAGUCGAAAAAACGCCUGAGCGAUAAGGAUGGACCGUAUGCGAUCAUACCGAUUCCGGACGUGGAUAAGACCGCGGCUAAGAAAUCGAACAUCACCAACGGUAAUGGGCAGGCUGUUCUACGGAACUCUGGCGGUAUGUCCAGUGGGGAUUCAGGCGUUCUCAUGCACAGUGAUCUUAUGGGACAGGAGAGGAAACAAAAGACUAGGGAUCGGAGGAUGUCGAGGCGAAUUCUGAGGAGACAAAUGAGAUCGAUGGACUCUGAUUUUGCCGAGGAUUCGGAUGAUGAUGAGCCAAUCGGGACUGCGUCAGAUUUUGACUCGGAUGCUUCUGAGGAUAUGUUGGAGGAUGUCAUACCUGAGCCAGUUCAAUUCCUGGAUGAGACCCACAAGAAAGCUUAUGAAGUCCUCACAACGGAGCGGACAUAUGUUAAGAAUUUGUACCUCAUUGACCAAAUCUUUUUUGCCCGAAUCACACAAGAGAAUCAGAAGCAUAGCUGGUUCCCUCCCACGGUACCCAUGGAAAUAUUCUCCAACAUCUCAACGAUAUACAGACUCCAUUCGGAUGUGAUCCUUUGCGCGUUGGAAAAACAACUCAAGGAAUGGGAGACGAAUCCAUGUCUAGGGGAGGUAUUGAAGGACAAUGCACACUUUCUCAAGCUCUACUCCUUCUACGUUGGUAACUUUAACCACGCCAUGAAACAACUCAAUUCGUGGACGUCUAAAGUGCCUAAAUUUGCCGCAGCUAUAUCGGAAUUGCAGCGACGUCCAGAAUGUGGGGGUCUCGCUCUCCAACACCAUAUGUUAACUCCAGUACAAAGGAUACCCAGAUAUGAACUCCUACUAAAAGAGUACUUAAGAAAGCUGCCGGAGGAUGCCAGAGAUAGACCCAGUGCAGAGAAGGCGUUAGGAAUCAUCUCUGGAGCUGCAAAGCAUUCCAACGACAUGAUGAAAUCCAUGGAGCAAUUUGAGAAACUUCUUAAGAUUAAUGAGAAGAUUGAAGGUGAAGACAUCAUCGAUCCCACAAGACACCUUCUGAAAGAGGGCAAGAUCAUCAAGAUUGCCAACAAGAGUAAAGAUCCUCAAGAUAGAUAUAUCUACUUAUUUAAUGACAUUCUCCUGUGCUGUGAGAAGAAGAGAUUAUUGACGGCGUCCGCUUCGUAUAAAGUCAAACUCAAGCUGGAAGUGGAUGGCAUGAAGGUUAGUGUACUGGACAGUGACAACUGCCGGUUUAUCAUCGAGGGCAAGACAAAGAGCAUCGAGCUGCAAACCAACACGGAGGAAGACCGUGAGGAUUGGAUGGCAGCCUUACUGUCUGCCAUUCGUGAGAUGGUCCGCAAAAAGGAAAGUUUCAAGACCAACGAUGCGGUCGGUGAUCGGUCAAUCAUAGAAGACGAUGACGAUGAAGAUGGCAAGUUUGUGCCAGGGAAGUGCGAGCCUCGUUGGAUCAAAGAUGACGAGACAACAAUGUGCAUGCGAUGUGGAACGGACUUCAAACUGAUUAAACGCAGACAUCAUUGCCGAGCAUGCGGAGCGGUUGUUUGCAACAAAUGUUCAAGCUUCGAGAGCCCUCUUCAGUACGACAACAGUAAGAUGAACAAAGUCUGCUGCAAAUGUUACUACACUUUGAAGGGUGAUGUUGAAGAACUCAAGAAGAUGGAGAGAAGGUCACUGAUAACGGAGUUAGCAGAUGAAGCCUCUUUUGGGAGUUUCUUAUAUCUACAGAAGGGUGGCUGGGUUAAGUACUGGGUGGUUGUGACGGAUCAGGAUCUAUACGCCCUCAAAGCACCCAAGGACGUACGUGCAGUUCUCACCAUUCCCAUUAAGCUGUACACUGUAUCAGACGUAGACUCCGGCAGCUCAGACAAAGAUAAUGUAUUCAGGCUGACCAAUGGAACCGAUAGAAGAAUGAUGUAUACAUUCGCUGCCGAGUCAAGGGAGAUGAAGAAAAGGUGGAUCACAGUUCUAACUAAUGGCCUUGAAGAGCUUAGCAGCAAAUCUCAAACCAUUUAAACUCAUCGUGUCUUCCAACUCAACUCUCUCCAACUCCAGCGUCUGGUUCCCCUGACUGAGGCACAACCUAAAGCUGGACUUUGUUGUGAACAAUUAAUUUUGCGAUUUCAGAUACACAGAGACGUUUGUUAACAGUCUGUAAGAAGUUUACAUCAUUAACUUUCACAAACAUCAAUGUACAAAUGUGCAAAUAGAAAAAUAAAACAAAACAUGUUUUUUUUUUUUAUGUGAAACCUGUUUGCACAUUUGCAAUAGUAUCACAAAUCAUAGACAAGCUUAGUCAGGGGUUGUGAUUAGCAACUUUCCAUUUUCAAAUUUGAUGGCAAAUUUGUAUCAAUAUUGGGCUUCUUGGCAUGAAGCCUUAAUCCUGGCUCAUACUUCCUGCAAAUGCUUUGUGCGCAGCGAGUUUGACACCUCAGCUCUCUGUUUUUGUUGCGAAGCCUCGCAGUAAUUCAGCACAGGGCAACUGUUUUGAAUUGUUCGUUUUCAUAAUACGACUUCAACAUUUGCAGUAUGAACCGGGUUUGACCUGCCUAAUCAAUCUGUCCAUUGUGUGUUAAACAUAGUGCGUUGUGCAUAGUGCACUAAAAUGUAAAAACACUGGGUAAUCCUUCUAUAUACAAUGUAGCUGUAUUAUGUAAGCUGUAUUGUGUCAUCCGUUUAAAGAUGCACUCUCCCUCGAGAGUAUUUGAAACGAAUGACGGAUCAAGCUCGGUAGAGAUGGAUACAUGGUUUUUUAGCCUAAAGUAAUUUUUUUUUGCAAUUAUGUGUAGUCUUUCACACAGAAAUAUUUAGUAUAAUUUCUAUAAACUUUGCAGAACGCAUCAAAUCAAGAGAAAUGAAAAUACAGUGCUUUUUUGACUGCAGUUUUAUCAAAGACAUUUAUAAAUAUUUUUUUUACAGUUGUGUAGAAAUAAGUUUUUUGAAUAAGGUGAAUAUUUUAUACAGCAACUACUUGAGGGUAUAGCUUUCCAAGUUCUUUCUGACUCAUGUUAAUUGUUCUUUUCUUUUUUAAUCGCUUUGAAACAUCAUUGGUUGUAAAUAGGUCUUAAUUCUUAAAUAAUUGUAAUGUGGCUUCCAUGUUCUUAUGUAUAUAGAAGGAAAUAUUUUAUGUACAGUUUUUUAAAUCGUUAAUCUAUGUAUAUUAUAAAUAAAUAUAUUAUUUGUGUGUGUAACUGUAUGCACAAUAGACAUACAUCAGGUGUUUUUAAAAAAACUUAUCUAUGCAGAAGAUUUUAUGCCGUAGUUGUCUUAUUUAUAUUAAAAAAAAUAUUUACACGUGGUGCGGAUUAAGAGGGUCAAUAUUUUGUGUAAAAUAUUUUGCUUAAUUACAAAGUGAUGAAUUUGAAACAAGUAGUUAUUAUUUGGAUAUGGAAAUGAUAAUCUAGUGUAUUUUAAGGUUUUCCAAAUGAUAAUAUGUUAGCUCCAGUGCCUUAGGUCAAUUUUAGUUUUAAAGGCAGUGGACACUAUUGGUGAUUACUCAAAAUAAUUAUCAGCAUAAAACCUUACUUGGUA